UCUAUAAUCUAUGGAUUAGCAAAAGAAGCCCAUAGCAUAAAAAAGGCCCAUUAUUGAACAGAGAAAUAAAUUAAAAGAAAAUUCAAUUUUACUGCGAGGGGAAGAGAGCUGGGAGCUAGCAAAAAUGGCGGCAUCAUCUUCUUCUCUCAAUUUCAGCAGCCCAAAAACUAGGUUAGAAUUGGGGAGAAGACCUGAUCGGUCGGUUCUUAAUUUUUUGAAAAUGCGUCGGGACCCCUCAAAUAUCAGAUAUUUACCGUCAAAGUUGUGUGUGGCAUCCGCCGCGAAUGGCGGUGGAUUCAGGAAACCGGUUGUUGAAGGUGACGGCGUCAUCAUCGUCGACCACGGUUCGCGUCGAAAGGAAUCCAAUCUUAUGCUGAAUGAAUUUGUGGUUAUGUUCAGAGAUAAAACGAAAUAUCCGAUAGUGGAACCUGCUCAUAUGGAACUGGCUGAGCCAUCUAUCAAGGAUGCUUUUGAUUCGUGUGUUCGACAAGGGGCAAGGCGUGUUAUAGUCAGCCCAUUUUUCUUGUUUCCUGGAAGACAUUGGAACCAGGAUAUUCCUUCUCUGACGGCUGAAGCUGCCAAGGAGCAUCCAGAGGUUUCCUAUGUCAUCACUGCGCCUCUUGGUCUGCACGAAUUGCUUGUGGAUGUGGUGAACGACAGAAUCACCUAUUGCUUGAGUCAUGUUGCAGGCGAGAAGGACGAGUGCUCAGUAUGCGCCGGAACAGGAAAAUGCCGGCUCUAUAAUUAGUGCGAUGGUUUUCGACUUUAUCAUGCUCUCCUGUUACAAAUUUUGAAGAGAUGAACCAGUGUAUCUUUACUUCAUUUUUCUUCGUGUAAAUUCCUACAUAUUGUAACAUCCAUUUGGUUGUGUUGAUGUUUAACUAGCUUCUCAUAUAUACAUACAUAAUUUUCAAACUCA